AUGUAUGUUCAGGUGAUGUCCCAGGCAGAGGGCCAGCAGAAGAGCCUGGUACAGUCCAUUGACUCUCUCCCAACCAAAGGCCCCCUCUCCUGCCUGGACCACGACCUGCUGCUGCUCAAAGCCACGUCCGCCGCCACACUGAGCUGCCUGGGAGAGUGCCUCAACAUCCUCCAGCAGACCCAGACCAACCCCACCGCCCCUGCCCCGUCACAGGCCUCUCAGAGGAACCACAGCGCCCCCUCUGAUGGUGCUCCUGUGUGGACUGUCCCAAAGUCCCCCUCAGUGGAGCAGAUGAGGAACGGUCUGACCCCUCUGCACUCAGCAGAGCCCUCCCCGGACUCCCGAAAACGCAGCCUGCCCCAUGGAGCUGAG